UUCUCUUGGGAAAGCAGCAACACUCUGGAGAAACUGGAUGUCUGUGUGAGGCCCUACUGACCAGCAAAUUAGGGAAAGCUUCUUUGUUCAAUUGGCCUGUAAGGUGCCUGGCACGUCCCAGCUCCAUGGGCUGGACCAGCAUCUGAGCCUGGGCAGUAAGGCAGGUUCCUUACUUUUCAGACAGGCAGCAGGAUGCACGUUAUCUCAUGUCCUCAUGGCUCUCACUCAGCUCCUACUGGCCUAUGUGCUUUUUGCAGGGUGAAAAGGAGGAAGAUGGCUGACAAAGUCUUACCACAGAGGAUCCGGGAGCUUGUCCCAGAAUCUCAGGCCUACAUGGACCUCCUGGCCUUUGAGCGCAAGCUGGACCAGACCAUUGCCAGGAAAAGGAUGGAAAUCCAGGAGGCCAUCAAAAAGCCCCUGACGCAAAAGCGGAAGCUGCGUAUUUACAUAUCCAACACCUUCAGCCCGGCCAAGGAAGAGGGGGAUGGCGGGGAGCGUGUGGCCUCCUGGGAGCUGCGUGUGGAAGGCAAACUCCUGGAGGAUCCAAGCAAGCAGAAGAGGAAGUUUUCCUCCUUUUUCAAGAGCCUUGUCAUUGAGCUGGACAAGGAGCUCUAUGGACCAGACAACCAUCUGGUGGAGUGGCACAGGAUGCCCACAACCCAGGAGACAGAUGGCUUCCAGGUCAAACGCCCUGGUGAUGUCAAUGUGAAAUGCACCCUGCUGCUUAUGCUGGACCACCAGCCACCGCAGUACAAACUGGACCCUCGCCUGGCUCGCCUGCUGGGCGUCCACACCCAGACCCGGGCCAACAUCAUGCAGGCGCUGUGGCUCUACAUCAAACACAACAAGCUGCAGGACAGUCAUGAGAAGGAGUACAUCAACUGCAACCGCUACUUCCGCCAGAUCUUCAACUGCAUCCGCAUGCGAUUCUCCGAGAUCCCCAUGAAGCUGGCAGGGCUGCUGCAACAUCCCGAUCCCAUCAUCAUCAACCACACCAUCAGUGUGGAUCCAAGUGACCAGAAGAAGACUGCCUGCUACGACAUAGACGUUGAAGUCGAUGACCCUCUGAAAGCCCAGAUGAGCAACUUCCUGGCCUCCACCACCAACCAGCAGGAAAUUGCCUCCCUGGAUGCCAAGAUCCACGAGACCAUUGAAUCCAUUAACCAGCUGAAGACGCAGCGAGAUUUCAUGCUGAGCUUCAGCAACAACCCGCAGGACUUCAUUCAGGAAUGGAUCAAAUCCCAGAGGAGGGAUCUCAAGAUCAUUACGGAUGUGAUUGGGAACCCGGAGGAGGAGAGACGAGCGGAGUUCUACCAGCAGCCCUGGGCACAGGAAGCUGUGGGCCGGCACAUCUUUGCCAAGGUGCAGCAGCGUAGACAAGAACUGGAACAAGUGCUGGGGAUUCGUCUCACCUAGUGGGCUGGCUGUGGCUCAGGGGCUCUCCUCUUCCCCUCUCUUCCAACACCUGAGCCUUACGGUACUUCUUACUGGAAUCAAAUACAGCACUUGCACAAAGCCUGCGACUGGGGGCUGAGCCACUAGCACCCCGAGAGGCUCUCCAGCACCACAGGGCCCCCUCUUGGGCAGGAAGCUGUAGCCAAAGGCAGAAAGGGGUGUGUUUGGGUCCUGUGGGACCCAGGCAGGCUCUGCCUUGUCUCUCUUAGCCAUUCUUUAUUUCAGCCCCUCUUGCAUUGGUAUUGCUAGCUUUCUGCAGUGUGCUGUUUGCUCCUCCCCCCAGUGUUCAGUGCAGUCUUCUGUCCAAACAACAUUGCAGGCUCACUCCCUUCCCCAGGGAAGGCGGCUUGGAACUCUCCCAGCUUGGGUCAGAGCCCUGGCGGAGCUGCUGAAUGAUGGGUACGAACUGUCCUGGCUGUGCGUCUCUAGUGACUAGUUCCAAACACUCUGGCUACAGAGCUUGCUUUGUGCAACACUGCUGCCAGCAGCCUAGCCUGCUCUGGCACCAGCUGGGAGAGGGCACUGUUUGCUUUCUGCAGUUCCCUCCCCUGGGUCCCUGUCCCAGCUGCUCCCAUGUCCUGCAGAGGCAUGAGCCUGCCUGUCAUUCCUCAACCAAAGUUUUGUCCAUUCCAAAAGGCCGGCCUGUCUGGCCCCCAUGGUUUUGCACUAUUUUUGUGAACAGGUUUUAUAAAAAGGAAGCCUUUUGUACAGCGGGUUUGUAUUUGAUUAAUAUAUUAGAGUUCCUCUCUAGUACUGCACUCAAAUGGAGAUCUAUGCAGUGGGGUCCCUUUUUGUUCUUGGGAAGGGUUUGCUCAGGCCCCUUGUAGACGCCUUUUUGUAGGUAACUGAGCUUUUUGGCCUGAGUCUUUGACAAUCAGCUGCAUUAUUCCCCCCGCCCCCUGCUGUUUUUUACCUAUUGCAACCUGUCUUUGUGAUCUAUAUGAGGUAUGUCAUGGGGGAGGUGCUGCUAUGCCCUCAGGAGUCUGAGCAGUGGCAGGGGGAAGCAGUGCUGGUUUCAGCCCUGUGUGCUGCUCCUGGGCCCUUUGGAGCAGGAGCAGUCUAUACCUAUCAAACACCGAUGACAGUGGCCAUGGCAGUAAGUAUCAUCUAUCCUGUGGCUGCAUGUUGGGAAGCCAGAGCCAUGGCUCUGGGGUAGUUCACUGGGCAAGGGUAAAUCAGGACACAUGGAAGGAGUGCCAGUGUGAACCAGACUUUCCCAAGUGCCUUACCGACUCUAGCCAAAGCCAUGGGCAUAUUUGGCCCCAGGGCUUCCUGCCUUUGCACUAUGACUCCUUGCUGGAGAGCAUGGCCUCCCCGUUUCCUGUGCUGUAGCUAGUGUGAUGGGUGCAAGCAGUGUAGCCCUGCCCUUCAUUGCAGAGUAGAGGUAGGCAGAGGGUGGGGUGUUUACAUGCUCACCAUGGGGAAGGCUCAGGGGUGCCUGCUCUUGCUGUUGUGUAACCAUGUGUCUGUUUGAAUAUUUUCUAAUAAAAACACUUUGCAGCAA